AUGUUCCAGUGCCCCCUGUGCCCGAGACGGGAGAUCGAGACGCGGGCUCGGCUUACGCAGCACUUGCAGGAGCACCAGAGCACCUGCCGCCGAGACGACGGAAAGCAUGUUUGCUGCUUCUGUGGCAGCGAGCUGAGCUCGAAUAGCUCCCUGGAGCGUCAUCUUCUCACGCACACAAGUGAGCAUGCCCGACUUUUAUGCCAGCCGGACGGCCGUACUGACCGUUUCGCAAUCUGGCCAACCCACGUUCGGCUCUACGUCUCGAUUAACGCCUCCAUCAUCAUCUCCCCGCGUUUUAACUUGCAUUUUAGCCAGUUAGUUGGACUGGUUGCCAGGCCGGCCAAAUCAGGGGGAGCUGGCCGAACGGACAAGACGGGUUCGAUGCCGAAUCAGCGAAAGCUGUGCACUAUAGGGAAGAGGUGUGCCGCAAAGGCAGGCUAA